UUUCUGAUCAUUGAUGAAUAUUGAACUGUCAUCAAACAACUGAGCAGAAAUAAUGUCGCUCAUCGAAAGUACAGAGCAGGCAGUGGAGUAUGUGGAGCACCUGCAGGCCCGACUCUGGGACCAGGGGGAUCACAGUUUGGAUGAUGACAUGACCUCCCUGUUAGCCAUGAUGGAGAGUCCCCUAUUUCGACAGAUUCUUAAUCUGCAAGAGUCUUUACAGGAACUUAAACAGGUUGCCCAGACAUACCCAGUUACAGAUGAAAAUUUUGAGAUCACUUAUUCUGGACAGUUGAUUCUCAACAUGCCACCAGAUGGCGUACCAAUCAAUCAGGCAUUAUCAGACAGUGCUGCAGGAUUCUCAAGUGAAGAGAAUCUGGGAGCCAUUGCUACAACACCGGGAUACGAUGCUGAGUUUCAGAAGACUAUAGAGCGGGUAGCCAAGGGGAGGGAGAUUGAAACCAUUAAGCUGUUCAAACCAGAGAAUACCAGCCUGGGGUUCAGUGUAGUGGGACUGAAGGGAGAGAAUAAUGAAGAGACAGGGAUCUUUGUCCAGGACAUCCAGCCAGGAGGAAUCGCAGCCAGGGAUGGACGUCUGCGAGAGAGAGACCAAAUUCUGGCCAUAGACGGACAGCCUUUAGACAUAUCACAUCAAGAAGCCAUUAGGAUUCUACAGAGUGCCCGCGGUCUGGUGGUACUCAUUAUUGCUCGUGGUUACUUGGCACCACCUUUUGAUCCUCCACAGCUUGUCAAUGCUGAACCCGCUCAAAGUUCAGUUCCAAAUGUUCAGCCCGAGGUUCACUCAGACAUGGUGUUGAACACUGAGUGGACCCAGAUUGAAGUGAUAGACCUAAUAAAUGAUGGAUCAGGCCUAGGAUUCGGAAUAUUUGGGGGACGAAGCACUGGGGUGAUUGUUAAGACUAUUUUACCUGGCGGAAUUGCUUGUAUUGAUGGGAGAUUACAUAGUGGAGAUCACAUCCUACAAAUUGGAGAGGUCAAUGUAAGGGGCAUGAGCUCCGAGCAGGUGGCAGCAGUGUUACGUCAGUCUGGCAGUGAGGUCCGUCUGAUUGUGGCCCGACCGGUCAAUGAACCUUCCCCCUACCCCAUCCCCCAUGCUCCUAUUGUCCCCACCCAUCAGCUGGAUGAACACCUCCAGCAGAUCAAUGCCUUGUUACAUGGAGACCAUUUUAGCCAGCAGAUGGCAGAUGACUUGGCUGGGGGAAUGAUCCAAGUUCACAUGCCUCCGUAUAACGAUGUAGGAACAGAGUAUCCGGAGGUGGAGUAUUUUGACGUUACACUAAUGAAGGACAGUCAAGGACUCGGAAUCACCAUCGCUGGCUAUGUGGGCAAGGACAAUGCCCCAGAUGAUCUGUGUGGAAUUUUUGUGAAAAGUGUGGCUGAAAAUAGUGCUGCUGAUCAAGAUGGUAGGAUCCAAGUCAAUGAUCAGAUAAUAAAGGUGGAUAACCAGCCUCUGCAUGGAUUCACCAAUCACCAGGCAGUGGAGGUCCUCCGUAACACAGGUCAAAUGGUACAUCUACAGCUGGCAAGAUUCCAACAUGGACCAAAGUAUGAGAAACUCCAGCAGUAUUUAGCUCAGCCCCACUUCAAUCCUCAACAAGGAAUGGUCGUUGCCCCUCCCCCACCCUCCCAGAUGGAUGGCCCCGUGAUGCCCCCCAUGGAUGGUCCAGCUACCAUUACCUCCCCUAUGAUUGAACAGCCCACUCAGGCUCGACUGGUGAACCAUAUCCAACAAAACUCUCCCCUGGAUCCACCCAGCCAACAAGUGGAGCUUCAUGACAUAACCCUGAGCACAGAUGAAGAUUAUUCUGGUGAUUUGUCCCCAGAUGUAGAGGAAGCCAUCAAAGCAUGCUGGGAACCAAUAGUAGGCAGCGAAUUUGAAGUUGUGGUAGCCCAGCUGUCCAAGUUUCGUGAGGGGGGAGGCCUGGGUAUCAGCUUGGAGGGGACAGUUGAUGUGGAGAAGGGGGUAGAGGUUCGCCCCCAUCACUACAUCCGUUUUAUCCUCAGUGAUGGUCCAGUAGGCAUCAAUGGCCACCUCAAGAGUGGGGAUGAACUGCUAGAGGUAAAUGGCAGACGACUGUUAGGCCUGAACCACAAGGAGGUGGUAGGGAUCCUUAAAGAGCUUCCUCAACAUGUGCGUCUCGUGUGUGCUCGCCAUAAAGAGACUGAAAAUUACACAGACCAGGAGAAAUUAGAAAAUGGUUAUAACUCAUACCUCCAAUCAAACUAUUCAGGUGUAAAUGAAGUCUCUCCUAUCACAGAGAGGCUUGUAAAAGCAAAGUCGGAGAACACGCUGGCCUCGACAGAUGACAGUGUUCUCCAGCAGCUUAUGAAGAACAAGUCUCGGUCCUUGGAGGAAUUGACAAACUUUAAAAUGUGGAGCAUAGAGCCAGUUGUGAUAGAACUUUGUAAGGGGGACAAAGGCCUAGGGUUCAGUAUCUUGGACUACAAGGACCCAGAAAAUGUUAGCAAGACUGUGAUAGUAAUCAAGAGUUUGGUCCCAGGGGGCGUGGCCCAGGUUGAUGGACGUCUCCUUCCCGGGGAUCGACUUAUUUUUGUCAACGAUGAAAUGCUGGAGAAUGCCAGCCUUGAUGAGGCAGUGGAUGCCCUGAAGGGGGCACCAAAGGGGAUCGUGAGGAUUGGUGUCAAAAAAGCUCUGCCUCUGGGGGGCAGUGAGGCUCACCAGCAGGCUGAACUACAGCAUUCCACCCUUCCCUUCCCCAGUGUGGGUUACCCAGAGCCCAGCUUCCUUCCAUCCCCUCCCUCACAAACUCCGUACACCACUUCUCCAGAAAAAAUACAACGAAAAUUCACUGAACAAUACUCCUCCACUGAGAAUGUUGCGCACAAGCAAAAUGACAGUUUUUAUGAGAGUGAUGAGGAGGUAACUUCUCCUAGAAAGAACAAACCAAUUACCUCCCCUCGCAGGAGUCUUGACCGACGCAAGAGGGAGUCCACAGGAUCUAAUGUUUCAUAUGAAAAUUCACAGGUGUUGCUGGAAAUCAAAAACAGUAACAUUCAGAAGGACACAGUGCAGAAAAAAUUCCCUGUUCCCCAGCCUCGAUCUACAUCUGUUUUACAGGACUAUGUCAACAGCAUGCCCCCAGAAAAUCUGCUAAGCCUUACUCAGGAAAAAUUACCAGCUGAAGGUAAAUCUCCCCUUGAGAGCCCAAGGUCGGAAUCUCCAGCGGAUUACGAAAACACAACAUUUGCUUUGCCCACUUAUGAAGAGGCUAUCUCGGGGGAUCCUCAGCCUGAUUUUUUCAACAUGAGUGACCUUGACCUCCCAGCAGAAGCACCGCCCGUGCCUCCCAGAUCAGAGUCGCAGGAAGAACUAUUUAUAGAAACUGAGCAAAUCCUAAACCACACCCCUCCUGAUCCACCAUCUGAUUUUGAAGAGUCACCCAGGAGUGAAAAGGGAGGGUCAACCCCUAAAAGGACCCCUCCCCCUAUUCCUCCUAAGCCUAAAGUAGUAUCGCCAAAAGUACAACAGAUUGUUGUAAAGCCAGCAAAUAAGGACACACCCCCACCCCCGCUUCCAGUUUCCUUACCCCCAGCUCUGGAUGAAAAAAUUCACCACACUGAGGAGGAGCUAAGCAUUAAGAUAAUUAAUCCCAAACGAGUAAGGACCAGGCACCAAAAGACAAACAGUGUUGACAGCCAGCAGUCAUCCUCAUCAGAUCAACCAAUCACAAGUGACCUUACAAACUUUCACUCACCAUCCAUUAUAAAUUCAGCCAAUCAUAUCACACCUCCCUCUUUGUCACCACUGUCUUCACCACGCCUAGCUCGCACAUUGUCUGGAGGAGUAGAUUCACUUCCUGUGUCACUGGAGAAGGUCAUCAAAAUCAAAAAGGCUAGAGACCCUCUGGGUCUGACUGUGGAAGCCGUGGAUAAAGGUGCUAAUGGCUGUAUGGUUAAGUCCCUCAUUAACUCAGGUGCAGUCAGUAAGGAUGGCAGGAUAAAGGAAGGGGACUAUAUUGUGUCAGUCAACAAUGAAAGCAUGAGGAGGAUCACAAAUGCUCAGGCACGGGCUAUCAUCAGGCGAGCCUCACUACAGGGACUAGACAUCAGUGUGGCAUACAUUCCUAAAGAAGAUGCUGCUGCCUAUCAGGAAACUGCUGUUAACAAACCCCCCACACCCCCUCACCCCUCCAUGAUGCCCUCCCCAAAUUCCAAUCUGUCCCCUCUGGCCUCACCCAGGAACUUAAAACCUGAAUCUUCUCCUGAGAGGUCUCCCCUAAAGAGUACCCCACUACAGAGGACAUCAGAGACUGUGUCCCCCAGGGUUAAGUCCCUGACCUCUGAUGGUUCCCCUGCCACAGGAAAUCAGACGUGGGGACCCCCACGAACUGUAGAGCUGGAGAGGGAACCAGGCAAAAGUCUGGGAAUCAGCAUUGUGGGGGGUAGAGUGGACAUGUUUAAUGUUCAGACAGAACAAAUAAUCUCAGGAAUCUUUAUCAAACAUGUCUUAGAGGACAGUCCAGCUGGCCAGAAUGGGACACUGAAAACAGGGGACCGAAUUCUGGAGGUGGAUGGAAAGGAUUUAAGAAAUGCUGCUCAUGAUCAAGCGGUAGACAUCAUUCGUCAUGCUAAGUCUCCCGUCAAAUUUAUAGUGCAGAGCUUGUGUGAUCCUGCCUGUCCCAGGGACUUGGAGAAUGAUACAAAGUCGGUACAUUCAUAUGAUGAAGCUUCUUUAGCAGCUGGGCAAACAUAUCAGACAGUAGAGGUACCAAUACUGGAGUCAGUGGUGAACUUGACCAAAGACCACAAUGACAGCGAGGAUGAAGAUGAAUUUGGUUACACAAAAAAGAAAAUACAACGACAGUAUGGAGAUUUGAAUGGGGAACUCCAUCUGGUGGAUUUGAACCGUGGCAAUGGCAGCCUUGGAAUCAAUUUAGCUGGCAACAAGGACCGCAACACCAUGAGUGUUUUUGUUGCAGGGGUGCAACCUGAGAGUGUUGCUGGGAAAGAUGGCAGGAUUCAAGUUGGGGAUGAACUGCUUGAAGUAAAUGGUCAAGUUCUAUAUGGCCGCAGUCAUCUUAAUGCCUCGGCCAUCAUUAAAAGUAUAUCCACAAACAUCAUCAAAUUUGUCUUACUCAGGAGAAGCGACAAUUUGGAGCAUAUGGCAGUCAAACCUGUAAAGAUGACAGCAGCAGUUUCCCAUGAGGAUGUGUCUCAUACAGAUGAUCAAGAGAAGAAUAACAGUGUUAAUUCCUUAGAGUUCAUAGUAGAUGUUGUAUUAGAAAAGGGUGCAUCAGGGCUGGGGUUCGCUAUUGUGGAGGACAUGAAAGACAAUCAGCCAGGGAUCUACAUCCGCAGUAUAACCCCAGGGGGCGUCGCUGCUCAGGAUGGAAGGCUUAGUGUUGGGGACCAAAUUUUGGAAGUUGGUGAUAAACCUCUAACAGGGGUUCAUUAUGAUAAGGCAAUAGAAAUUUUAAGAAACAUGCAAGGAACAAUCAAACUCAAAGUUCGAAAAAAUAAUGCAGAUAAAAAGUUGUCACUUCUGACAGCCAAUCAUCUGGAUCCUGAUACAGGCACCAAAAAUGUCUUUCAUCUUCAAUCUGCUCCAGGGGAAUCUUCCACGGACCCAAACCCUGCAGAAGCUGGGGAGGAGGAGUCCACUGACCCCAAAACUUGUCCAAUCAUUCCAGGUCGAGAGACCACCAUCGAGAUCGAAAAGGGGCGUACAGGUCUUGGGCUUAGUAUUGUAGGAGGGGCCGACACCUUGCUUGGUGCAAUUAUUGUCCAUGAAGUUUAUGAAGAAGGUGCUGCUGCCAGAGAUGGUAGACUAUGGGCAGGAGACCAGGUCCUAGAGGUGAAUCACGAAGACCUGAAGGAUGCCACCCACGAUUAUGCAAUUCAGGUUCUACGUCAAACACCAUCAACUGUUCAGAUCAAGGUAUUCCGUGACGAUGCUCAGGUGAAAGAGGAGGAUAUUUACGAUAUUUUUACCGUAGAACUGACAAAGAAGCCUGGUCGAGGACUUGGUCUGAGCAUAGUCGGAAAGCGGAAUGAUGUGGGAGUUUACAUAUCAGACAUUGUGAGGGGAGGCACAGCUGAAUCAGAUGGCCGACUGAUGCAGGGAGAUCAAAUUCUAGCUGUCAACAAAGAGGACAUGAGAAAUGCCACACAAGAAUAUGCAGCAGCUGUACUCAAAACUUUGAUGGGUAAGGUAUCAUUAACGGUAGGGAGAUUAAAGGCAGGUUCCCGAGCAUCAUCGAGGAAAAAUUCCAACCCCAGCAGUGCACUGAAGAAGUCAGAAUCUAGCGUCAGCAAUAAGUCAAAGGGAGGCAAACACUCCAAAGGUCAUAGUGAGGAUACAACUCACAUACGUGUGGUAGAACUAGAGCAUGACAUUACUGGAUCCCUUGGACUGAGUAUUGCGGGGGGCAUAGGUAGCUCUAUUGGAGACUCUGCUGUCAUCAUUGCCAAUAUGUCACCAGCUGGACCCGCAGCCAAGUCAGGGAAACUCAAGAUUGGUGACAAGAUCCUAAGCAUUAAUGAUGUACAGCUAGAUGGCAUGUCUCAUGAUGAAGUUGUCCAGUUACUAAAGAAACCUGGAACCAUUAAACUAGCCGUGUCACAAGGAGAGGACACAAGAGUAAGUGUCAGUGGUCGUACAUCGCGGCAGGUCAGUACCGACAUGUCACAGGAGUAUGCUGAACUUAUGGCACAGGACAACGUGUUCCAGGAAGCCAUGGCUCCUGAUGAAGGACCACCUCCUCAGUGUAAGACCCUCCAUCUGAACAAAGGACCAGAUGGCCUGGGGUUUUCCAUCGUUGGAGGACAUGGCAGUCCUCACGGGGAUCUUCCAAUCUAUGUCAAAAAUGUCUUUGCUAAAGGAGCUGCUGCAGAUGAGGGGAAUCUGAAACGAGGAGACCAGAUAAUCUCAGUGAAUGGACAGAGCCUUGAGGGCUGCACUCAUGAUGAAGCCGUGUCAAUUCUCAAAAACGCAAGAGGUGCGGUCACAAUGACCGUGUUGACUUCAUAGAGAAAACACUCCAACUAUUGACAGAGGAAAUUCUGAUGUUCAAAAGUGGAUACUUUUUUAUGCAAGAAAGUAGGAGUAGUAGAAGUGAUGAUUAUUUUAUCUUAUAUUUGUAUACAUGGUCAAUUAAUAAAAACAUUACAAGAUUAUUUUAGAAACUUUCUAGCUUUCCAUUUUGAUGUUAGUGAUUGCAUGUUUUUUUUAAAAAGUCAACAGUGAUAUUUAUUCUAAUUUUUACUCUAUUGUAAGCAUUAUGUUUAUGUGUAUUACUUAGAAUUUAUAUCAUACACCAAUUUCAGGAUAUACACAUUUUGCAGUGUUUGAUAUGUUAACUUCCAAUUUCUAUUGGCCACUGGCACGAUCAUUUGAUAUCACAUUGUGCUGUAUAAUCUAUGAACCACUCUGUGUAAAUUCAUGUUUUCUAUAUAUAUUAGCAUAUUGUUUUGAAACCCAGCAUUUGUCCAUGUACACCAAAAGAAGUACACAUAGAUAAAUUACAUUUGCAAUCAUGAAUAAUUUGAUGGAGGUGGCAUUUUAUUUGAAAACUACUACAAUACGAAAAAAAUGUUUAUGCUAAUUAGGUUCAACUUUUGUAAAUAAUACCUUGUUUUCCAAGAUGAUGUAUAUAUUUGAUAGAAAAAGAGAAAUCAGAGAGAAGACAACACAUUGCAAACUGGAAUAUACAUACUUGAUAUUAUGCAGGACAUACUUUAAUAAGAGGUUCUAGAUUAUAGUUUUCAAUUUAUCAAAUUUGUUCUUAAAAGAAUUUUACCAUAUAGCAUAUAAAAAUCUCAUAAUACUUGAAAAGAGAAGAUUCGAAUAUUGAAUUUUUAUUUUGUUACCUAUAAUGUCAAUUCAUUAUUUUUACACAGAAUAGUUAAAGGUAUUUUUUUUUAAAUUCAUUUAAAUCAUGAUCAAAGAAUUUAUUCAAUUUCACAAAGGCUUUGUUAUAUGAAAUUAGUAAAUGAUCAGUGUUGUUGCCAAAUAAUUUGCACAACCUGUAAAAUGAAUAAUUUUCUAGGUCGCAUUUUUUGAAAUUUUGUUCAUGCAAUUUAUUGACUUGCAUAGUUUGAGUUUAAAAUUUGAAUGUUUUACUGUAGCUUAAUCAAGGCAUCUUCCAUCAAACCAGACUGAUGUCAAGAGUGCUAUAUUUGUCAGAUAACAAUCACGUCAUUCUAUCCUUAUUUUUGUUAAACAUUUGUUAUUUCUUUGGUCCAGAAAUAAAAUACCUAUACAAAGGAA